AUCCGAAAUACCUCCUUUCGUUGAGGGCGAAACAAGAUUAACUCGGAAAAUGGGAGCAUAUUACGACGAGAUCGAGAUUGAGGACAUGGCAUGGGAUGAAGAGAAGGGUGUUUAUCACUAUCCCUGUCCAUGUGGUGACAGGUUCGAGAUUUCGCGCGCACAACUCGCAAACUAUGAGGAUAUUGCAACUUGCCCUAGCUGCAGUCUGAUGAUUAGAGUCGUUUAUGACCCGCUUGACUUUGAAGAUGAUGCAGACGAUGACGACGGAGUAUUGUAUGCCGAAUCGGAAUCGGAUUCACAGACGAACUCGGACGACGUGUCGAGCCCCGACAAUGCAAAGGACGAAAAGAGCACUUUAGAUUGCAAGACUCUUGCGGAAGCUGUUGACAAACUGAAUCUGUCGGAGUGUGCUUCCGAAGAAAGUCAGGGGACCGAUGCAACGGGAAAAGCUUCGCCAUCUGUUACUGUGGUUGGCGCAUAACGCAUCGCCACACAUGCCCGCGACGUACAGUCGUAGGUUUUCGGAUGAGGCGAGGAAUUCGGUAUCUUCUAGUUUCCUAUGUUGGACAUCGAGGUUUCGUGGUGUCGGGAUGGUUUCUACAAAAGACACGGAGGCAUUUAGUAGACGUCUGAGGCAUCAAUAUUGUGCGUUUCUUCUUAAUCCACGCACUGCCCGUCAUUCCGUGUUGCAUGUAUUGCUACUGAAUUUCUACGGAUUAUAAUGAAUUUAGCGUGGGGUUACGAGACUUCCAUUGCUGUCUUGAUUCAAUAUGGAUCAAUAUAGACUAAGUCGCAAGCCGUUUCGUUUACACGGUCCCAAGCCUCUUAGCGCCUAAUGUCUCGGAAGAACACCGUUCUGUAUUCAAAUGGAUGUUUCCGUAGUCACGUUGGUUGAUUGAGGAACAAGCUUUUUCGCUUCCAAUCAUAGGCAGCACGGACAUCGGGACAUUCGGAAAACAAGGUCACUGCCCUUGCGGCUCCAUACGGGUCCUCCAUCGAAGCUCACGAUCAACCACGUCGGCAGGACCCCGUGCUAUUCAUGUCGGACGGUGUUAGUUCCUCACCGACGACGCAUGCAUGUACUGAACUCUUCCGACACGUCGCUCGCCGCAGUUACGCCUGCCGCUAUGCGUCAUUUACCGGACUGCGGGCCUUAGGCCGUACCUGCAUUCAUAUUCGGAGGCCCUCGUUUCACCAGUAUAUUCAACCUGUAGCCUUGGCAAGCCAAAUGGUCGACGUUGCAUACACUUAUUUUCCUAGUGCAGAUCUCAUAAUUUACUUCCUCGAUCGCCCGAUCGCAACGUUUUCACAGAUGAUACGAGGCCUGCUGUUCUUUAAUCCGUUCUUCCGAUGUAUGCAACAAAGAGAGCUCUGUUUCAAGAACACCUCUGGAUCAAUGGAACUGUAUCGCGGCUUGGUAGGCAGGAAUGAGGUGUGCAAUUAUCAAAUGAAGUGAUGUGGUGGCACCUACGCAAAUGAAGUCAUGCUUCUUCCUCUAUCGCCCGCUAAGGGAGUAAUCAAUAAUGUUAUUCGUAUGAUAUCUCGUGGUACAAAGCAAUGCCUUCGAAGUGUUCAGAAAGUGCAACUCGUCCAUGUCGUCCUUUCUGAAAGAUGUGCAAAAUGGAUCGUGGGGCAGUUCUUCGGCUACUAAGUAUCAAUUGCAUCCGACGACAUCUUCUAUAUUAUGCUCGGUCCGAAAAGCAUACAAUGUGGCCCGACUUUGUCUCCUACCAUUGUUCAUGAAGCAGUAUAAUGCCUAUAUUACGGAGUGAUCGUCCAGCAUGACACGACGUGGGUUCCUUGUAUUGAUACCCCGCUAUUCAUGAGCAACCUGCCAGCGAGGAGAGCGUUAGGCUUCCUCACGGCUCGUGCCCGAAUCUGCUCCAUAUGGUCCUCUAUGGUGCGGAGAUCCAGAAGACUAUGCAUUUACUGACUGAAU